GAUGAGCGAUAUCGUUGGUCCUCGGUAGCCGGUGAGCCCGAGUUGCGCCGAAUCCUUUUAAAAUCUUGCUUCUUGCUGAAACACCUUGAAUCUAAUAUUUUUUUUAAAUUAUCACUCUACUUAUUUCAAUCUCCAUCAAAAUUUUCUAGGCGGAAUUCAGAUUCGGGAAUAUUUCAGAUUGAAUUUUAAGGUUCAACAAGUGAGCAAGACUUGGUUGACUGUGAGCGGAACACGGAAGUACCUGUACCGCAGGGCUAGCCCAUUGGAAUUUCAUACAUGUUCGGACACUGAAGUAUAGUUUCGCUGGAGUUGUGACAGCUAACAAAUUCCGUAUGCGGUUGCCUUGUUCAAUCUGACGCCAGUGAUCCAAACUGUCGAUGUUGAGUGUCACCAAAUACUCUCUGUCUGUAGAGUUAAAAUAACAACAUUAUUGUUUGAAGUUCACGCUGAUGAAUUAGACAAGAUUUGAAACACAAUGGCCGGGGCUGACACAUCAAAGGUUCGGCUAAAGUUAGAAGAGAUUGUUGUUCCUGAUGAACUCGUGGAAGGCAACAAAUUCCUCAAAUGGGAUGAGGAUUCUUCAUCAGCUACUCCAGUGACUCUGAAGGUUGAUCCUCAUGGACACUUUUUAUAUUGGAAGAUUCAGAAUAAGGAGGGAUCCAGUAGUAAAGUGGAUGUUGAGUGCCUCGAACUGACCCAAUUACGAGACACAAGAACAGGAAAAUAUGCUAUGACACCAAAGGAUGCCAAGCUGAGUACUCUAUGUGACAUGGGUUCUAAAGAUGUCCCAUUGGAAGAUAAGACCAUUACAGUUGUCUAUGGAUCAGACAUCGUCAGUCUCACAUUCAUUAAUUUCUGUGGUACAUCGGCUAAAGUAGCUCAGCAAUGGUGUGAAACUUUGCUUAAAAUAGCCCACAACAGAUCAGCGCAGAACCCAUCACCAGCCAAACUACUCCACAAAAUGUAUACCAAGAUAACCAUUAUGGUGAACAGAGACGGCCACAUUCCAGUCAAAAAUAUCCGUAAGAUGUUUUCAUCUAGUAGCGCUGACAGAAAGAAGGUAGAGACUGCUUUACAGGUUGCUGGAGUUCAUAGUGGCAAGGAUGACACUAUUGAUCCCAAGAAGUUCACAUAUGACGUUUUCUUCACAUUCUACCUUCGCUUAGUCAACCAGAAAGAAGUGGACAAAUUAUUCCAGGAGAUGGGUGCAAGGAACAAACCCUACCUGACUACUGAUCAACUUGUUAAGUUCUUGAACAAUGAACAGCGUGACCCUCGUCUUAAUGAGAUCCUCUAUCCGUUCUAUGAUGCUAAAACAGCUAUGAGCAUCCUAGAGAGAUUUGAGAAGAACAAGCAGUUUGCCAAAAAAGGUAACAUGUCAAUAGAAGGUUUGAUUCGUUAUCUACUAAGUGAUGACAACCAAGUGGAUGGUGUGGAAUCUUAUCUCAUUGCUCAAGACAUGGAACAACCUCUGUCACAUUAUUUCAUCAAAUCAUCUCACAACACAUACCUCACAGGUCAUCAAUUGACUGGGAAGUCUUCAGUUGAGAUUUAUCGUCAGGUUAUGCUGUCUGGAUGUAGAUGUGUAGAGCUGGAUUGUUGGGAUGGUAAGAGUGAUACUGAUCCAGAACCAGUCAUUACCCAUGGAUACACUAUGUGUACUGAUGUACUCUUCAAGGAUGUUAUUGAAGCCAUAAAUGAAGCAGCAUUCAAGACAUCGGAGUAUCCUGUAAUCCUGUCCUUUGAGAACCAUUGCAACCAAAAGCAACAGGCUAAGAUGGCUCAUUAUUGCAGAACAAUCUUUGGAGAUAAACUUUUGAUUGAUCCUCUUUCUGAGUAUCCUUUGGAAGCUGGGAAGCCACUACCUUGUCCAGCGGCCCUCAAGAAUAAGAUCUUAGUCAAGAACAAGAAACGGAAGCACACGGAUGCAAACAAGAAAAGAGCAGGAAAGCGUCGAUUUAGCUCCACCUCCUCUUUCACCAGUUCAUUUGAUGCAGAAGAAUCGACGGAGACACCGCCCUCAACGAUGAGACGAGGUCGUCGACUUCAGAGUACGACAUCAUUGACAUCGAUGGAUAGCGGUGAUGCUCCUGUUGAUUUUAGGCCUAGUCGGUCAGGCAAGGGAGUAAAGACGAUAGAAGAGACCGCCGAGACACCGGAACAGGGUGGAGAAGGUAGUGUAAAUAAAGAGGGUUCAUCGCCCUCAACACCUGAAGAUAAACCAUCAAGAACAGAAGGUAGCAAGGAUGAGAGUGUUCCCACUGGCUCUGAAAGAAAAGCUUCAAAGGGAGAUGUGAAAAGUGAUGACUCGAAGCCGAGAAAAAAAUUAUCACGGCAGGAUGCCCAAGAUGAAGACUCAGGCAGCAGUAGACCGCCCCCUCCACGUGUAAAGAGAAAAAUAACCAAAAUGGAUACUCAAGAGAAAAGUGGAGAGGUUGAAACGAACGGAGAAAAUGGAGAUGCCGGCAAUGAUUCUAAGCUUACAGAUGUCCAAGAAGAUGAUGAUGAAGAGAGUGAGGAUAGUGAUGAUGAAGAAGCUCUCAGUAAGGAAGAAGCACUCAAGAAGUUGCAAGAAAAGAAAGAUAGGGGUACAGCUGGUCAAGAAGCAGAGGCUGGGGCUGAGAUGUCAGCCUUGGUCAAUUACAUCCAGCCUGUCCAUUUCUCUCAUUUUGAAGGGUCAGAGAAGAAGAACCACAGCUAUGAAAUCUCAUCUUUUGUAGAAACCUCAGCCAUGAACAGAGUGAAGGAAAAUCCCGUUGAAUUCGUCAACUAUAACAAGAGGCAAUUGUCUCGGAUAUACCCCAAGGGAACAAGAGUAGACUCAAGUAACUUCAUGCCUCAGAUCUUUUGGAAUGUGGGUUGCCAGCUUGUAGCUCUCAACUAUCAAAAUCUUGAUCUACCAAUGCAACUGAAUCUAGGUCUAUUCAAUCUUAAUGGAAGGACAGGGUAUAUCCUCAAACCAGAUUUCAUGCGAAGAAAAGACAGACAUUUUGACCCCUUUGCUGAGUCAACUAUGGAUGGUAUUGUCGCUGCUACUGUAGAGGUCAAGGUAUUAUCCGCUCAGUUUUUGAGUGAUAGGAAGGUCGGGACAUACAUUGAAGUGGAUAUGUUUGGUCUACCAGCAGACACGGUUAGAAAGAGGUAUAAGACUAAGACUAUCAGUAGUACUGGUAUCAAUCCACAGUAUGAAGACGAUGGAUUCGUGUUUCCCAAGGUGAUCAUGCCUAAACUAGCCAUGUUAAGAAUUACUGCGUAUGAUGAUAAUAACAAACAGAUUGGACAUCGUAUUCUACCAGUGGAAUCUCUCAGACCAGGGUAUCGUCACAUUCCCCUCCGCAAUGAGCUUUACCAGCCUCUUCUCAUGCCAUCAAUAUUCGUCCACAUCAAAGUCAAAGACUAUGUACCUGUUGGUCUGGCAAACUUUGCUGAUGCCUUGGUGAAUCCUAUCCAGCAUCAGAAUCAACUAGAAGAACAAAUCAAGAUGAGAACAGAAGCUCUGUCUAAACUCAUGGAAGAGGUGAAGUUGAUGGAGGAAUCUAAAGAUGCUGCUGCUGCUGCUGCAGCAGCAGCUGAGGAGAGUCCUGAUGAUUCAGCUAGUACCUCUAAACUGGAGCCUCAGAAAGCAGAGACAGCAGGUGAUACAGCUAGCACCCCGGAACAGGAGACUAAACCAACGGUAGAGGCCGCUGUGCUACCAACCGAGAGGAAAGUAAGCAAUAAACCAUUGGAAGAUGCUAGGCUUGAGUUGGAGAAGAGAGAUAGCAUUGAAGCGUUACCACCGACGAUGAAGAAAACCUCUAGGCCAUCAAGACAAUCAGAAACUCAACUUCAGAUCUUAAUGAGCCAAUUGGAACCGGAGGUCACAGCAAAAGACAGCACGGGAAGUACUACCAGUAGCGGAGGCUUGCUAAGAUCCGUUUCCAUGGGAGCAUCACAAUUUGAGGCUAACGCCUUCUCAGGAUUUCACAACCAAAGCAUCCGAAGUCGAAGUACUCCAAAUUUGGUCCCACAAGAAGAGAUAGUUGCUGCUACCAUUGAUGAGAUUAAAGCAGAAAAGAAAUAUAUCAAAGUGAAGACACGACUUGACAAUGAACAUCAUAAGCUAGUAAAGAAACAGGAGAAGAAGCAAAGUAAACUGAAGAAGACACAGUAUAAAGACAUCAAUAAAUUCACAGCCUCUCAAGAGAAAGCUAAGAAGAACAAGGAGAAGAAACUUGCAUCGAUGGAGAAGAAACUUCUAAAGACCACAUCUCCUGAAGAAGCCAAAAAACAAUGUGCCAACAUCAUGGAACUGUUUGAGCAAGAUCAAGAUAAGGAGAUGUUGAAGAAGCAAGUUAGUCAUGAGGAUUCAUUGACAUCCCUGUAUAGACGUCAUUACCUAGAGGAGAAAGAGCUGAAGGUGGAGCACGCUGAGAUGUUAUUUGAGCUCCAGAUGGAUCUCAUGGCAUCUAUUCAUGAAAAACAACUCAAGAAACUAGAUGGUCAACAUAAGAAAGUUGAGCAGGAGCUUCGUAAGAUGUUAGGAAGUAAGAACAUUGAAGAGAUGAAGAGCAUUGGUAAGAUGAAGAGAGAGAAACAAGAGAUAAGCAGACUCAAGAGAGAAGCUCGUAAGAAACACAUCGACCAAGCCGUCACUGAGAGAACUCAUUUGUUUAAGUUACAGGAGAACAAGAAGAAAGAACUCAAAGAAAGCAUGAAAGAACUUCAACAAAACUUGUCUCAAGAUGAAGACUAUAUGGUAUUGGUGAUUGAAGAAGAAUUCAAGAAGAAGCUAGAUCAGCUUGUUCGAGAUAGGAAGUUCAAACGAUUCACCUCUGACUCUAAUGGUUCUAUCAAAGCUAUUGACGAUGCGAGUCCCUCUGAUGGUGGAGCUCCAAAUGGUGACAUGAAGAAAUCAGCUAGUAGCGGUCUGAAUGGAAUCUCUGAUGGACCUAGUUCUGUCAGUGGUGGUGAUGUCCCAGAUAGUAACGGUCUCAAUGGACACAGUCAUGCUAACAUAGGUAGCCCGGUUCAUAACGCCAAUGGUCAUAUGGCUACAGAGGUUGAAGUACAUGCCAGUGGGAGUUUAAACCCUGAGGAGACCAACACUAACAACUCAGCUCAAACCCAUUCCAAUGGUGACAUUGCUAAUGGACUUGAAAACAGCAAUACCGCAGCAGAUGAAGAGAUCAUGUGUAAAGAUUCGGAAACAGGUGAAAGGAAAGUAUGUGGUGGUUCAGAUGCAGUCAAUCCCAUCGUUGAGUCCACCAAACUUUAAUUUUUUGCAACUUUGGUUACCAUGGCAACAGAACUUGUACCCUUGAAAUUUUUCAAAUACCUUGUUAAUGAUGCCUUUGUAUAAGAGUUUUAAACCCAGCGUAGGCUUUGCUUUUGUAUGUAUUAUAUUAUGAGCUUUGUAUGAAAAAAAUGAAGAAACAAAUGAUAUAACAGUAAGUACCAAAAGCCGUACUAGCCACCACUCUCUGAAACUUCAGAACAUGUAUUUUAGCUGCAUCAUGUAUAUUUAUAUGUUAUAAUCAUGUCUUAGGAAUUAAUAUUGCACAAGAAAUACCAUUUUGUGUUUAAAGAAUAUAUUUGUAUAUGGUAGAAAUACCACACAUGGUUGUAAAUGAUGCAUCGGUGCUUGGAUAUGAUCUCUUUUUUAUAUAUAAUGAAAACAAAUGUUGUACAGGUGUGUAUAUAUAUAUAUGGAUAUUUUUUUUGGUUUUAGAUUUUCAAAGGGUGGUUAAA